AUGAAAACUAUGCAAAAAAGAACUUGGAUCGGAGGCCACAAGUCGUCAGUUCUCUCUUUAGACGUUAGCAGAGAAGGGAUUUUAGCUUCAGGUGGAGAAGAAGAGCUUUGUGUUUGGUCGAAAGAUGGGGCACCCCAAACUAAACUUUCCUGCUCCUCGGCCGAGUCGAAAGAGGUCAACUCUGUCUGUUUUUGUGGAAAAAAUCCAGAGUGCUUGUAUGCCUCGUGUGGAAAAAAAAUAUUUGGUUAUGAUUUAAGAAAUCUUUCAUCUACUGUUUGUGAAUUCGAGUUCAACGAAGAGGAAAUAAAUCAAGUUACCAUACACGACAGAGGAACAUAUCUUGCUGCUUGUGACGAUAGUGGCGAGGUCAAAGUGGUUGAUAUUCAGUCGGGUAGAUUAUUCAAGACACUUAGGAGAAAGCAUGAGAAUAUUUGUUCAACUGUUCAAUUCAGGCCGAGUCGCCCGUGGGAGAUUGUGUCUGGAGGAAUGGACUUUAAAGUGAUUAGUUGGGACUUCUCUUCUGGGAGGUCCCUUCAGGAACUAAAUGUUCAGGNAAUUUUGAGGGGCCGGGAGAGGAGCGGCAAGGAGGGGGAUAUUUUGGGAAGCCCCACUUUUUAA